AUGCCACCAAAGCAGAAGCGCAAGGCGGCACCCGCUGCAGAGUCCAGUGACUCUGGAAGAAAGAGGAUCAAGACCGAGCAAAACGGAGGGGAUCCCUUGCGCAAGCCGCACCCUUUCCACGAGGACGCCGAGAAGCAUGGAAUUGUCCUCCGCAAAUUCUACCCACACGAGAUGAGCAACGACCGAGCACGCGCCUAUAACGAGAACGAGCUUCCUCGACCAAUCGAGGAGCUCACAUCCGCUCUGGAGCAGACUUCCAAAACGCGAAAGGCAGUCAAGACAAAGAACGCCGUGGUACAUUGGUUCAAGAUGGAUCUCCGGACAACAGACAACCGAUCGCUGUCCCUAGCGAGCGAGAAGGCCAAAGAGGCAGGGGUUCCACUGAUCGCCAUGUUCAUUGUCAGCCCCCAGGACUAUGAGGCUCAUCUAACGGCCCCCAUCCGUGUCGACUUCAUGCUCAGGACCCUGCAUGUUCUGAGGGAGGACCUCGCCAAGCUUGACAUCCCGCUCUAUGUCGAGACCGUUGAGAAGCGCAAAAGGAUUCCCGUACGGAUCGCUGAGCUCAUGGAUCAAUGGGAGGCCAGUCACUUGUUUGCCAAUAUGGAGUACGAGGUGGACGAGCUUCGCCGGGAGGGGAAGAUGGUCCGCAUGUUUGCCGACAAGGGCCUCUCGUACGAGGUACUGCAUGAUACGUGCGUCGUCCCUCCCGGAAAUUUGACCAGCGGGGCAGGCAAACAGUAUGCCGUUUAUUCACCCUGGUUCCGGGCCUGGGUCCGUCACGUCCACGAGAAC